AUGAAAAACUCUAUAACCUUGUUACAAUUACUUCUCAUGGCGCUCUGCUUUAAUGUGUCUCAAUCUCAGUCGGCGUUCAGAGAAAGACUUGAUGGAGAGAUAAUAUUAACUGAUGCUGUUGGAUCCAAGAGUGACAACGCCGAGGCAGCUAUUGAUAUGAACUUCAACACUACAACUGUAACGUACCGUGAUACAUACGGAGAACUAUGGCUGAAGCUGUAUUUUGAAGAGGUGUCUUGUGUGCAAAAUAUAUACGUGUAUUGGGAUGGAAAAGCAAAUGUGAUCUUAAGUUGUCCAGCUGAUUCAACUUUAUGUCAAUGUGAUACCAAUAAACGUAUCUGCGAUGAGUACCAGUUUUCUGUGAUUUUUGAGAGAAAUGUGAAUCCAGACGACCAAACUGAGCGCAAUUGUACAUACGGGGACACUCUUAAGGUGGAAAGUAUUGACGAAGCAUAUUUUAAUUUAGAAGCUGAAGAGAUUGCUGUUAUUAGAUAUGAAGUUAGAGAUUCUGUGCCGACAGUGCCCAGUAGUAUUAAAUGGAUUCCGUUCACUGCUAAGAACCAAGCUAUGGUCUCCACUGACUUCUCCAGCAAAGACGUGGAGCAGUUCUACGUCAGGCUCCCUUGUGAGGAAUCUGUUUGGUUUAAACUCUUCCUUAAUAGUGACGAUGGUCAAAAUUCCCACGUUGAGAUAAAAAGCAAGGUGGAAGGAAACAUUUACUGUAACGGUGCUGGGGAUAUGAGUUGGUGGGGAGGUGAGAUCAAUGAGUUCUAUAUCGACCAACGUGCUAUGAAAUGUGAUUCUACUGAAACCCACAUAAUCCUUUUGGUGGAGAAGUCAGUUGACAGAGUUACCAUCAAGAGCAAGGGACAGGUUUUGUACCACCAAGCUUUCACUGACAACGACGCGAACUGUCGAGCACCUACAAAAAUUGUAAAAACACAAGUUUUCAACUACGAAGGAUGGCUGGACCUUGGAUUACCCGACACUUCUUCUCCACGAUAUAACACUCUCCCAGUCCAAACAACUGAAACUGCUAAUCCGCCAACUGAAACUGCUAAACCGACAACUGAACCUGCAACAACGACACUGUCAAAAACGACAACACUGCCACCACAAACUACACAUACAUCACCAUCCCACACAACUGAAGAGCCCACACAACUGAAGAACGGACGAAAGUUUAGACAGCAAGAAAAGCCGGGUGAGUCGGGUGAGCCGGGAGAGGUGGGUGAGCCGGGAGCUCCUGGAGACCAAGGAACGAAGGGAAACCGUGGAGAUCAAGGUGACGGAAUGUAUUGCGAUGAAUACUGUUUUGAAGGAGAAGCCGGAGAAAGAGGAGAGCCAGGAUCUGAUGGAGCACAGGGAGAGGAAGGGGAUAUGGGACCUCCGGGAUUAAAAGGGGAUGAUGGUUUUCCAGGAAAUGACGGGGAAAAUGGACCUGAAGGUGCCAUGGGGGACCCUGGAGACCCAGGAAUGCCAGGAACGGACGGAACACCAGGACUCCCAGGGAGCUGUGAAGCAGGAACAAAUUCCUGCUAUCUUAAGUUAGGACAUUGUUAUGCAAAGAGCAGCUUUAAGUUGACAGCACAGUGUCGACUAGGGUACGCCGCUACGUCAAUCUGGAGAAAUUCAAAAUUUUGGGGACUGAGAUGUUGUAAGAUUAUUGGGGUUGUUGAGGGUGAAGUGGUUAAAACAGACUGGAUGUGAAGCUGCUUUUGAAGUGAAACUUGUGGUGAAACAGACUCUAUUACACUCUGAGUUUAAGGCUGUAUUUUUACAAUU